UACUUGGCUUCACUCUACAAAAUCAGACACACAUCUGAAGGGCACAGAGGACAGAAAGCAGCAGCUGCGUGAUUCGGAGUGUAUGCAACUGUAUGCGUGUGUAUGAGCCUGUAGAUCUGAAGAAGUUUAACAAAACUAACAGGUCCAAAGAUGGCAGAGGCUCACCAAGCGGUAGCCUUUCAGUUCACUGUUACUCCUGAUGGCAUUGACCUGCAGCUGGGCCGCGAUGUUCUUCGACAUAUUUACCUCUCUGGAUUUGUGGCCUGUAGGAAACGUCUCAUCAGACUUAAGAGCUCAGUGCUGAGUGGGGUGUACCCCGCUAGUCCAUCCACAUGGUUUGGCGUUGUUGCCGUUACACUUGGGUCACUAUAUGGAAAGGUGGAUCUGUCUCUGGGGCUCAUUAACAAGAUCAACGACUUUUUGCCAGGAAAGUCUGCCCUGGCUCCAAUAUCACGCACUGUGGUUAGUGCCGUUAUCUUCUCUUCUGGGAUUUGGAUCUCUGGGAUUCUUAUCUACCGUCAAACUCUGCGUAUAUUGCUCUCUUAUCAUGGAUGGAUGUUUGAGCCACGUGGAAAAACAAGCUUGAAAACCAAAGCAUGGGCAGGUUGUAUGAAGAUAAUGUCCAAGAGGCAACCAAUGCUUUAUAGCUUCCAGAUGUCUCUUCCGAAGCUGCCAGUGCCGCCCUUGGAGGAUACAAUAGAAAGGUACCUGCAGUCAGUUCAACAUUUACUAGAUGAGGAGAAGUUCAGUAAAAUGAAACAAUUGUCAGAGGAAUUCAAGGCAGAUCUAGGACACAAAUUACAAAAGUAUCUGCACCUAAAGUCGUGGUGGUCGUCCAACUACGUCAGUGACUGGUGGGAGGAAUACGUUUACCUGAGGAGCCGAAGCCCGAUCAUGGUGAACAGCAACUAUUAUGCUAUGGAUUUCCUAACAGUGCUUCCAACAUCAAAACAAGCUGCAAGGGCAGGUAAUGCCAUCCAUGCCAUGAUGCUCUACCGCCGUAAGCUGGAGAGAGGUCUUAUUCCCCCGGCUAUGGCUCUUGGUAUUGUCCCUAUGUGCUCCUAUCAAAUGGAGAGGAUGUUCAAUACUACAAGAAUUCCAGGAUCAGAGACUGAUCGUCUCCAGCACCUUGUUGAGAGUCGUCAUGUGUGUGUGUACCACAAAGGACGUUAUUACAGACUGUGUCUGUAUGAAGAAGGCAACCUGCUCAGCCCACGUGAGCUCCAAGUUCAGAUUCAGCGCAUACUUGAUGACCCCAGCCCACCUCAACCUGGGGAGGAAAAACUGGCAGCACUAACUGCAGGGGACAGGGUUCCUUGGGCAAAGGCUCGCACUAAUUUCUUCUCUCAUGGAGUGAAUCGUGCCUCUUUGAGUUGUGUGGAACGUGGCAUCUUCUUUGUUAGUUUGGACACAGAACCAGGUGGAUUUCAAGAAAGUGACAAGUCCUCACUUAGUGUGUAUGCCAAGUCCCUGUUACAUGGAAACUGUUACAACAGGUGGUUUGAUAAAUCCUUCACUCUGGUUGUAUACAGUAAUGGGAAGCUGGGGCUGAACGCUGAGCAUUCCUGGGCUGAUGCACCUGUCGUUGGACAUCUGUGGGAGUUUGUUUUGGCCACCGAUUGUUUUGAACUGGGUUACACAGAAGAUGGAGACUGCCAUGGUAAUCCUGGCUUAGACCUACCGCCACCAUACAGACUUCACUGGGAUAUUCCGCCGAGGUGUCGGGAAGUCAUCGAUGAGUCUUACAUGACGGCAAAGACAUUAGCCGACGAUGUGGAUUUUCACUGCCUUCGUUUCACAGACUUUGGGAAAGGCCUCAUCAAGAAAUGCCGUACCAGUCCUGAUGCCUUCCUCCAAAUAGCUCUACAGCUGGCACAUUACAGGGAUAAGGGUCACUUCUGUCUCACCUAUGAAGCAUCCAUGACUCGCUUGUUCCGUGAGGGUCGUACAGAAACUGUGAGAGCCUGUACCAGACAGUCUUCUGACUUCGUAAGAGCUAUGGAGGAUCCCACCCAAAGUGAUGCCAUUCGCCUAGCUCUUUAUCGUGCCGCUGCUGAUAAUCACCAGCUUAUGUAUCGUUUGGCGAUGACAGGGAAGGGGAUUGAUCGCCACCUCUUCUGCUUAUACCUUGUGUCUAAAUAUUUGGGCAAAGACUCCCCGUUCCUCCAACAGGUACUUUCUGAACCCUGGCGUCUUUCCACAUCACAGACCCCACAGCAACAGCUGAAAUUAUUUGAUUUGGAGAAGUUUCCAGAUCACAUUUCUGCAGGUGGUGGGUUCGGACCAGUUGCUGAUGAUGGUUACGGAGUCUCUUACAUUUUUGCUGGUGAAAAUCUUAUCACAUUGCAUAUUUCUAGCAAGUUCUCCAGCCCAGAGACAAAUUCUCACCGUUUUGGGCAGCGCAUCUGUCAAUCCAUGCGGGAUUUGGCUCAGCUUCUCACUUCCCCUGUCCGGGACUGAUGUUCUAACCCAGUCACUGCUGGGUGAUCACAUGAUUCAUUACAUGACUGGUUACCUUUCACUCACUUCAAACUUUAUCUAAUAGUGGUACACGUUGUAAUCAUAAACAUUUAUUGUCUAGUGUGUGCCAUACUGGUAUUAGUGGGAUAUGACUGAAAAUGACACAAUAACAAAUCAGAAAACUGGUUUUGGAGAUGAAUUCAUUUAUUAUUAUUAUAUAUAGACUUUCUCAUUAUGUACACCACAAUCCAUCACUAACAUAGCACACAUAGCAAUAUGCCUUGGACUUAGGGUUUGAAUUUGCACACAAAGUGGUUUUGCAUGCGACACGGAGCAUCAUUCCACUUAUUGAAUUCUAA